UUGGCACGGUCAAUAUCCCCUGGAACCUCUAGCAUGAUUCGGUCCCAUUUCCAGCACUACUGAGGGAAAUAGGUUCGCCGAGGACGAGACGAUAAACCAUGCUGGCCCUGUUGGGCUUUCGUCGGAUGGGAGGCGGCGACGUGAUUCGGAAUGCAUUUCGAACAGCUCAUCGGAAGGUUGCAAACAUCCAUCCCAUCAUCUUCACAUCGGAGCCAAGCUCCUGUGGAUCAAUGCCAAUAUUUGGUUGGUACCUGCAUGAAGAAUUUGAUCUUUGGUGACAAGCGCUGCGUGCUAAUGGCGCUAUACCGCUUUCACGACGAACCCCGAAGCCAAGCAGUGAGCCUAUUUUCAAGCUUUCCUGUAUCGCGCAACUGCACGCAACCAAACGAGAUGAAGCUCAUUUGCGUGCCCGAGUCCCAUUGGCUGACUUCACACCCUGCCAAUUCCAGAUGGCCAAUGGUUGCAAUGGCCCACAGGGCCAAGGCUGCUCAAACUGUUCAGAGAUCGACUGUUGGGACGUCGUCGUCCCUGACUCCCUGGACCAGCCCUGAACUUCCCUUGCCGCCGGAAAAAGGCCCCAAGCAUGCCUCGUCUUCAAUUCCCACCUCUGUUUCUUUGCUAGCUAGCCAGCAGUGUCAGUUUUGGUCUUGAGGCGCUCGGUUUGCACGUCGUUCACUACCCCCCGUGCCUUGUCACGACCACGCUCUUUACGCAUUCGUUCAUUUACAUUCUUUUCUGUUUGCCCCCAGUCACUCCUUACCCUUCGCUUGAACGCAAGUCAG